UUCGCUGUCCUUCCUGUGCUGGGUCUCUGAUGUAACUGUGAUUGUUAUGGUUCAGCUUUAGAAGGAUCACUGGAUACUGCGUCCUUAAAUGAGCGUUUUCGAUCUGUUUCGUGGGUUUUUCGGGGUCCCCGGAGGUCGUUAUCGUGGUGAUGGCCGCAGGGACCCCUUCUUUGAUGGAAUGAUUCAUGAAGAAGAUGAUGAUGAUGAUGAGGAGGAAGAGGACGACAGUGGAUUUCACCGUCAUGACUUUAAUAGGCCCCAUCGGGACCCGUUCGAUGACGUCUUCAGAUUUGGUUUCAGUUUUGGGCCCGACGGGAUGCGCUUCGAGGAGCCUCAGCUGUUUGGCCAGAUCUUCAGGGACAUGGAGGAGAUCUUUGCCAGCAUGGGCCAUUUUGAUGAGCGUCAUGGCUUCGGACACAGAGGUCUGCCUCCUCAGGAGGGUACAGAGAAAGGCAGGGGUCGGGCAGGAAGCAGUAACCCGAUUAGAGAUUUCAUGUUGAAGUCUCCUGACGCACCCCUCCCUUCCCCCUCAGAGGCACCAAAGGACAGGGAUUACUCUUCUCCACAGGAUCCCAGCAGCCACUUUCCUCACUGGAGACCCUUCUCCAAGUUUCAUGAUCUUUGGAAAGAUGGCCAAUUAAAACCAAAAGAGGGAGAGAAAAAACAGGAUUCAGAUCUGGACUCGCAGGUGUCUUCAGGGGGUCUGGAUCAGAUCUUGACACCUGCACCUUCACAGCCAAAGAUAAGGUCGACUUUUAAGUCUGUCAGCGUCACCAAGGUGGUCAGACCAGAUGGAACGGUAGAAGAAAGACGAACAGUCAGAGACGGUGAAGGAAAUGAAGAGACUACGGUGACCGUCUCCGGUCCAGGUGUCAGAGACGGGCCACAAGAUCCGUCUGGUCCGCUCAUGCCAGGUGGAUUGAGCCCUUCUAUUGGCAUGCAGGAUGAGUUCUCAGUGUUUUCUAAGUUUUUCAGAGGCUUUUGAGGCUGAAGAAGCUGUGAAGACCAACCUAAGGACGAUCUCUUAUCAUCUUUUCCCAGCAAAUCAACUAACUGCAAGCUAUGAUAAUUAUUAGUUGAUUGUACAUGGUUCAUUCUGAUUGAAUUUUUCAGUGCGAAUGUGAAGAUCCAUUCUUUAUCAUUUGAGUGAGAACCCAUUAUUUGCUAGUAAUGUUGCCCAAUGUUUUCAAUACAUGUGUAUUGAGAAUAGUUUAAGAACUGUGUUAACAUUGAAUCUUGGGUUAGUUGUUGAAGCAUUGUUCUGUGAAGGACAAUUUUAGCUUGCUGGGAAAGAAGAGCAGAUACUGCAAAUAAGACAGAGCUAAUAUAUUUGUAAAUUGUUUUCACUGUGUAACAUAAAUGAAUAAUACCUGC